AUGAACUUUCCAACCUUUUCUGUUUUUGUGAGUGAUUUUGUUUUGCAAAAGCUUUUGAAAGAUAUUUUAGAAAACUGGAAUAAAAAUUCAUCUUCUACUGAAUUAUUUGAUAAAAGUAGUUUACUAUUAAUCAAUAAGCCAAAUAGAAAAUUUCGGUUUGCACUACCUAUUAGUGAAAUUGUAGAUAAUAAUAAUAAUAAUACUCAACAAUCUUUUAAUAUAAUUGAAGUUGAUGAUAAUAAUAAUACUCAACAAUCUUCUGGUGAGACUAUAAUCAAAGAUAAUAAUGAUACUCAUCAAUUUUCAAGUGAGAUGAUAAUUGAAGAUAAUAAUGAUACUCAGCAAUCUUCAG